AUGCCAGCCCCAGACGAUGACUACAUCGAUUGGGACCUUCUAAUGGUGGAGGCGGAGGAGGAGGAACAGAAGGAGAAAGUGAUUGCCAACGACGAGGAGAUCGCUCGCGCCGUCCAUGAGGAGGAACUCAUCAAAGUAGUAGAGGAAAUGACGGAGGCCAUCGCACACCACUUGGCAGAGGAGGAGGAGAUGGGCGGCGACUCUGAUACUGACGAGGAGGCGGAGGAUGAGGAGAUGGUCGGCAACUCUGACACCAACAAGGAGGAGGAGGAGGAGGAGGAGGAGGAGCAAAUGGCCAACGCUAGUGGUGACCUCGACGACGAGUGUCGGUAA